AAUGUAAACUUUACACUAAAAAGAGCAUCAAACAAGGGCAAGCUACUCUGGCACAAUUAUCCACCCGGAAAUAGUUUUUUUUUGUAGUUUCGGUUUCGCAGUCAAAGCAGGACGAUGGUUGCAGAAAUUGUCUUCGAGUUUGUAUGGCAACACCCAAAAUUUUUUGCCGGAUUGGUGAUAUGUGGUGUUGUAGUAGGCUUGUCGAAACUUCGAGGCAGUGGUUCUGAAAAACAAGAAGCAAAUAAAAACAAUCCAUUUUCCGAGGAGCACCUUCGACCAAGGGCACCCCUGGUCAUUGACACAAAAGCAAGAGACGCGGUUUUAAAACAGAGAUUCAAGAAAUCUAAGGUACCGCCCAACCUCGAUGCCAUUGUGAUAGGGAGUGGAGCGGGCGGACUCUCAGCUGCUGUUUUACUGAGCCGUGUUGGCAAGAAGGUUCUGGUUCUCGAACAGCAUGACGUGGCAGGCGGAUGCUGUCACACCUUCAUUGAGAAGGGAUUUGAGUUUGACACUGGAAUCCACUACAUUGGAGAAAUGGAUGAGCAUUCGUGGGCGCGUGUCUUGGUGGAUCAGCUGACCGAAGGACAAGUGGACUGGGCGCCAAUGGACCAAGAAUUUGAUGUGGUUGCCAUUGGUGAACCGAGUAAAGCGAAGAGAUUCGCUAUGAAAUCAGGACCAAACGAGGAGUACUGGGACCAGCUGAAAGUAUUGUUUCCUCAUAACAAACAAGAUAUCGAUAAAUUUCGAGAUCUCGUCAAGAAAGUCCUACGUAAUUACCUUGCACCAUAUGUGAUAAAGUUCAUGCCGCUGGGAUUUGCCACGUUCAUGGUGCGGUGUGGACUUUACAAUCUGAUGUUCAGAAACUACUUCAAGUACUCCCAGGUGACACUCGAGACUAUUCUCAACAGCGUCACUGACAAUGCGGAACUGAAGGGCGUCCUCUCCUAUGUGUCCGGGGAUUACGGUUUGAUCCCAUCUGAGGCCCCAUUCUCGCUGCAUGCGGGUCUCAUCCACCACUACCUGCACGGAGCAUACUACCCCGAUGGCGGGUCGAGCGAGAUCCCCUUCCACAUGAUCCCCAUCAUCGAGCGACCUGGCGGUUGUGUGCUCGUACAUGCCCCUGUCGUCAAAAUCAUCACCAACGAUGGCGGCAAGGCUAUAGGCGUGCGGGUCCACAAGUCAUCAGGAGACGUGGAUGUGUUCGCCAAGAUGGUUAUAUCAGAUGCAGGAAUCAUCAACACGUUCACAAAACUCUUGCCAAAGGAGAUUUCGGAAAAAUCACCGAUGUAUCCGAUAAUGGAGAAGCUGGGGUCCGGGCACUCAUUUUUCACUGUGUUCAUUGGACUGUCUGGCUCUAAAGAGGAACUUGAUCUGCCAGCUGCAAACACCUGGGCCUUUUUGAGCAAUGAUAUAAAUGAUAUCCUUAAAGAUUUCAUGUCCCUGUCUGUGGACGAUCUGGAAACAGCUGAGAUUCCGAUGAUAUUUGUGUCGUUUCCAUCGGCAAAGGAUCCAUCUUGGGAUAAAAGAUAUCCAGGCAAGAGUUCGGUUUUGCUGAUCACCCACGCCAGCUGGGACUGGUUCUCACAGUGGAAGGACACGCAGGUUCGACACCGCGGGGAUCGCUAUGAACAGAUCAAGAUGGCCGUCGGAAAACAGAUGUGGAAACAGUGCUACGAGCUCUUCCCACAGCUAGAAGGCAAGAUGGAGUAUUUAGAAGUGGGCACUCCCGUCAGUAACAGUUUCUAUUUAGGAAACCCAAAGGGCGAGGCGUACGGACUGAAUCUCACCAAACCAAGGUUCACACUCGAUUCCUGUCUGAAUCUACGACCAGAAACUGGAAUACCUGGACUUUUCCUCACAGGCCAGGAUCCGUGCACAACUGGAAUGCUUGGUGCGUUUAUGGGGGGAGUGAUCUGUGUUUCCAAGGUACUGGACUCCAACAUCUACUCCGAAUUGAUGAAACUACACAAGACCCUGGAGAAAAAGAAGAAAAACAAGAAAGAAUGAAUACAGAAACUUUGUUUAACUCCUAUUAAAUCUCUUAACAUUAGACAUUAACUAUAAACAGUGGUUGUUACACUGUGUAAAGACUAACAAAAAUGGUCCGGGUUUUGGGUGGGUUUUUAAAAAUGUUUUACGCUAUAUUAUUCUUAUACAAUAUUAAUCACC